AUGAUUUCUUGGAUAGGCGAAAGAGGGCAAGAAUUUUUCCGUCCUUGUGGUUUAGAUCCAUCAAUACAAGAACGUUAUGUUGGUGAUUUGGGAGGCCCAGAACCUAAAAAAUAUCCAAAUAUAUUUCCAUAUUGUAAAAAAGGAUUGUAUUGUGAAUGA